CGGACUCCCACCCCCCCCAGUCCAGUUGCCUCAUGCCGCACCCAUCCGGACGUCAUCCUCCAACCCAGUCACUCAGUCCUUCUCAGGAUCAUCACUCUGCUGGAGAUCUACCUUUCUUGACACUACUGCACCACAUCUACUAGUACCACUUCCGCACUGCUCCUCAAUUUGGCCGUCUGCUCUUCAUCAUUGCUUCCAGCCUUCCCUUCUUUCUUUCCCCAAUCUCACUUUUACAAGUUCUCUUUCUGCAUCACGCAUUCAAGACAGAAGAAUCUAACAAUUCAUUCUGUCCAGACUGUGCAGUUAACACUCUCCUACCCCUCCACGCACCUAACUCGGAGCUUCUACCUCGGUCUCCGACGACAAAACCUCUUCUGUACCCGUUUCUGAGCACCAGCUCUCUCCCUCAAGAUGCAUCGCACAUAUUCCAUGCGCCAGUCGCGCGCCCCAACAGCGUCACAGCUUGAGAACCCUCCCCCGCCAUCUUCCUCCACUAAAGGCGGUCGGUUCUUUGGCAAAAGCAACUUUGGCCAUGCCUGGCGGAAGGGCACGGCAGGGGCCUUUGGCCCUGACCUAGCCAAGAAGCUCUCGCAGCUUGUUAAGAUGGAAAAGAAUGUCAUGCGCAGCAUGGAACUCGUCGGCCGCGAGAGAAUGGAAGUUGCACAACAACUCUCCAUCUGGGGUGAAGGCACAGACGAGGAUGUCAGUGACGUGACCGACAAGCUCGGUGUCCUGAUCUACGAGAUUGGUGAACUGGAAGACCAAUUCGUCGACCGCUACGAUCAAUACCGUGUCACCAUCAAGUCGAUCCGCAACAUUGAAGCUUCAGUUCAGCCAUCGCGAGACCGCAAGCAGAAGAUCACCGACCAAAUCGCCCAGCUGAAGUACAAGGAACCCAACAGCCCGCGAAUUGUGGUGCUGGAGCAAGAGCUUGUCCGGGCUGAAGCAGAGUCCUUGGUUGCUGAGGCCCAGCUCUCUAACAUUACGCGCGAGAAGCUCAAGGCGGCCUUUACCUACCAAUUUGAUGCCAUCCGCGAACACUCGGAGAAGGUUGCCAUUAUUGCUGGCUACGGCAAACACUUGUUGGAGCUCAUUGACGACACCCCGGUCACUCCCGGCGAGACCCGCAACGCUUAUGAUGGAUAUGAAGCAUCCAAGGCUAUCAUCCAGGAUUGCGAAGAUGCUCUGACCAACUGGGUGUCCUCCAACGCGGUGGUCAAAUCCUCCCUCUCGGUCCGGGCGCGCUCUUUGAGCCAACGAAGAAAGAAGAACGCCCAAUCGGAGGGCGUGGAUCUCGCCGGACAAGACCAGCCUCUGAAGAAUGACCGGGACGGUUGGGUUCCCGCAGGCCAACAUGGCGAAUACGAGCAGGAAGGCAGUGAGGAGGAGGAAGAGGAGGAGGAGACUCCCGUUGGAACCAAUGGACAACACGCCGUACCUGCUUAGAGCGCAACAUCGACGCAUUCGGGACGCCUCGCAUUCACCCCUUGACUCGAGCGUGCACGAGAAAAAGCAGCGGGAAGCUCUUGCAGAAAGAGGCGAUUGCUACGCAAAAAUACCCCAGGGAACAACGGGAUGGCGUCUAGGUCGUCAGCUAGGGAGUACUUGAGUUUUGCAGGUAGAUGAUGUCGAAGAAAACGUUUGGUGAUCCGGGACUGAAGACUUUGGGCGUUCCGUCAUUCUCGUGUCUUGUCUGUUGGACUGCGACAGGCCUGGGAAUUUUGAUCACGCGCAAAGUUGCAGCAUAAGAAGACGGACUGCCCAAGGACUGAUGCCUGCUUGCCGAUAUUGUUCUCGUUGUUGCAAUUUGCGGACAAAUAGGUAAUACACAUCUAAUGAAGGCGACCAAUGCAAUACCACAUGUCUUUACUGAGGCACGUUCUUGUCAUAUUUCUUGGGAUCUCUCUGCGAGUACAAAUUGUGGCAUCUUUUUCCCUCAAAUCGGACUGGAGGGC